CCUCCUCCUCCUCCUCCUCCUCCUCCUCCUCCUCCUCCUCCUCCUCCCGCCGUGCCCGGGCCGGCCGCUGAGCGAGGCAGCGCAGCCUUCCUCCCCUCCUCUCUCCUCCUCCUCCCCUCUUCCUCCUCCCAGGCCCGGGAUCCCGAGCGGCGCCCCCAUGAGCCCCUAGCCCCCCCCCCCCCCCCCCAGCCCCGUGCAGCGCGGAGGGAGCCGGGCAGCGGCCGCCAUGGCGUCCAACACGGACCGCGAGAUGAUCCUGGCGGACUUCCAGGCAUGUACUGGUAUAGAAAAUAUUGAUGAAGCUAUAACUUUGCUUGAACAAAAUAACUGGGACUUAGUGGCAGCUAUAAAUGGUGUAAUACCACAAGAAAACGGCAUUCUGCAAAGUGAGUAUGGUGGAGAGACUUUACAAGGACCAGCGUAUGGACCUACAAGUCAUUCUGCAGCAGGUUCUUCAACUCCUUCCUCAUCCUCAGCAUUUCGCCAUGUAGUGCCAUCUAGACAAAUAGUGGAAAGACAACCUCGAAUGCUUGACUUCAGGGUUGAGUACAGAGACAGAAAUGUGGAUGUAGUACUUGAAGACAGCUCCACAGUUGGAGAUAUCAAACGUAUUCUAGAAAAUGAACUUCAGAUUCCUGCAUCUAAAAUGCUGCUGAAAGGGUGGAAGACUGGAGAUGUAGAUGAUAGUACUGUUUUAAAAACUCUACACUUGCCAAAAAAUAAUAGUCUUUAUGUUCUAACACCUGACCUGCCUCUUCCUUCUUCAAGUCAUUCUGGGGCCUUGCAGGAGUCAUUAAAUCAAAACUUCAUGCUGCUCGUCACCCAUCGAGAAGUCCAGCGGGAGUACAACCUCAACUUCUCAGGAAGCAGUACCAUUCAGGAGGUAAAGAGGAAUGUGUACGACCUAACUAGUAUCCCCGUCCGUCACCAGUUGUGGGAAGGCUGGCCUCCUUCUGCCACAGAUGACUCAAUGACUCUAGCUGUAUCGGGACUGACUUUUCCUUGCCAUCGACUUACAGUUGGAAGAAGAUCUUCACCUGUACAAACGAGGGAACAGUCAGAGGAGCAAUGCACCGAUGUUCAUAUGGUUAGUGACAGUGAUGGAGAUGAUUUUGAAGAUGCUACAGAGUUUGGAGUUGAUGAUGGAGAAAUGUUUGGAGUAGCAUCAUCUGCCUUGAGGAAAUCGCCAAUGAUGCCAGAAAAUGCUGAAAAUGAAGGAGAUGCCUUAUUACAAUUUACAGCAGAGUUUUCUUCAAGAUACGGUGACUGCCAUCCUGUUUAUUUUAUUGGAUCAUUAGAGGCUGCUUUUCAAGAAGCCUUCUAUGGGAAAGCUAGAGAUAGAAAGCUUCUUGCUAUCUACCUCCACCAUGACGAAAGCGUACUAACCAACGUUUUCUGCUCACAAAUGCUCUGUGCUGAAUCUAUUGUCUCAUAUCUGAGUCAGAACUUCAUAACCUGGGCGUGGGACAUGACAAAAGAAGCAAACAGAGCAAGGUUUCUGACGAUGUGCACGAGACACUUCGGGAGUGUUGUGGCCCAAACUAUUCGAACUCAGAAGACGGAUCAGUUUCCACUUUUUCUUAUUAUUAUGGGAAAACGAUCAUCUAAUGAAGUAUUGAAUGUAAUACAAGGUAACACAACAGUGGAUGAGCUAAUGAUGAGGCUGAUGGCUGCAAUGGAGAUCUUCAGUGCUCAGCAGCAGGAAGACAUAAAGGAUGAGGAUGAACGUGAAGCCAGAGAAAAUGUGAAAAGAGAGCAGGAUGAAGCAUACCGCAUAUCACUCGAAGCUGACAGAGCGAAGAGAGAAGCACAAGAGAGAGAAAUGGCAGAGCAGUUUCGCUUGGAACAGAUUCGGAAAGAACAGGAGGAAGAACGUGAGGCUAUCAGGCUCUCUCUUGAGCAAUCUUUGCCUCCAGAACCGAAAGAGGAGAGCACCGAGUCAGUCAGCAAACUGCGUAUUCGGACACCCAGCGGAGAAUUCUUUGAGCGACGUUUCCUGGCCAGCAGCAAGCUGCAGGUUGUCUUUGAUUUUGUAGCUUCCAAGGGAUAUCCUUGGGAGGAAUACAAGCUGCUGGGCACCUUUCCAAGGAGAGAUGUGACCCAGCUGGAUCCAAAUAAAUCAUUACUGGAGGUAAAACUGUAUCCUCAAGAAACCCUUUUCCUAGAGGCAAAAGAAUAGAUCAAACAAGAUUGUAGGACUAAUCAUCCUUUGACAAGCCAGAGGCACAGCAUCGAGAGGAACACAUCUAUCAACGCCAUCUUGUACUAUCAUCCAACUCAACUCAAUGUCACAACUUGGCCUCUCGCAAGAAUCCUGAAAAAAUUGAAAAAAGAUAGCUACUUAAAGUUUCAAAUACAUGAGUAUAUGUUUCCAACCUCGUUUAAAUGAGCAGAGGAUAAAAUUCUGCUAUGAACACUGAACGUUAUGACUAUGUUGCUCACUUAUCAUCCAGCUUUUGUUAUAAUUAAUGCACUGUUAAAAUGUGAGUGAUUGUUAAGUAGAAUUUUUACUCCUCAAAUGCCCCUUUUUCACCAAGAAAUCUUGGACAUUUCUGCCUGUACUUUUGACACUAGAAUGCUGUAUAUUUGAUAUCUCGCCGAGCCAGUGCUCUCAUAUAUAUGCAUUUUAUUUCUGUGUUUGAAUUUCUACUUUGUCACCUAAUUUAAAAAGGCAGAAAAAAUUAACGGGACAUUCUCAGCCAUGGAAAUUUAACAGUAUUAUAGUAGAAAGCAUAUAAUUUUUGUUAGUACUUUCUGACUUCUUUGAUAAGAUGUAAGGUUUUGUUUGAAGAAUAUAGUUUGACAUAUAUGCAAGGUAUUUAUUUACUGGUUCUGCUUUGGGUCUCAGUUCUGAUUCAGUUUAGGAAGUAUUUUCCAUUACAUUGCAGUGUGUGAAACUGCUUAUUGCAUGAUGUGAAUAUUUAAAUAACAUUAGAAAUGGCCAGUACCAGAAACCUGGUAUCUCGCCAACACUUCAGGAAUCAGCUGAUAUUGAAUAUCAGCUGUUAAAAACCUUUCAAAUACCAGAUACAAAAGUUCUUUAUUUCUCAUUGUGAAAGAAAUGGCAGUUCCCAUUUUAGCGGUUUUCCUUCAUUCUGGCACUUGUUUGUAUCCUAUUACUCUGCUGUUUUAAAGCACCUUGUUUGUUUCAUCAAACAAUGAGUAUCUUAAAAGAUGGUGUAAUAAGAAAUCUGCCUUAUUAUUGCACACUUCGGACAUUUUAACAAUAGAUUACUGAUCCCGUCUCAAAUUAAAGAAAUCCUAGUUCUGUUGUCUGAAAUGUAUGCACCAACUACCUACUAUCUGAUGUGGAAAAAUCUGGUACUUUAAACAGCACAACCAUAGAAAAGCAUACUGAGGCUAAGAUCUAAAGUACACUUCAUGCCAAACCUGCAUCAAAAGUGGUAGGGUUUUUCGUCCCCCCCCCCCCCCCCCCCUUCCUCCUCCUUUUUUUUUAAAACCUGGGCUUACAGGAUAGUGCACAAUAGCACUACAGAAUUGUCAUCUGCUAAUCAAACUUCCUUUGUAGCGCCUGGCGUAUUGUUUUCCACAUGUUUAUAUGUUGUAAUUCACAGUGCUUAUCGUAACAAAAUGAGUUCUGAUUUGAAAGUUUUCUACUAAGCAAGAAGCAACUGCACACAUCUUUUAGUCUUUAUUUUUUUCUUUGGAAGGAUGGUGAUAUAAAAUUCAAUGUAUGCCUAUUAUUAGGGUGUUAGUGAAGCUGAUAUAUUGUUACCUUUACCAAAAAUGCAAAUUUCUGAGCAGGGGAAAGCCUUAUUCUACCUUUUGUAAUUCUGUAAUUAGUGAGUGCUACAUCAGACACUUUUAGAAGUGAAGUAUCUAUGACAAACAAAAGGCUUGGAAGUGUAAGCAAAUCCUAAUCAUUUGCAGCUCACAAAUAAAAGAAUUCAUAGCCAAUAGAACGAUAAAUGUAUGCGUAAUGGAAACCUGAAUGCAGGUGCUUCGUUCUCAACUCUUGUUUUCUUAUUAAAAAGAUCUACUAUGUUUAUUAAAUACGAAAUUAACAUAGGUUGCAUAUUGGGGUGACUCUGUUUCUGCAAACAAUCACAGUAACACAUACAGCAGGAUUUGAAAGUGACGCAUAUCUUUUUUUUUCAGAUGAGCUCUUCCUUCUAAGCUGGCUGUAGAGGAAAGGAAUUGCUGUAACUGCUACACAAGCAAAGCAACCUUUCAGUGAACUUGUUACAUUAACUUGUUCUGUUUAACUUUUGUUUGAUCUCAUCAGGCUGUUUUCUCUCGCUCAACUUUAUUUCUGUAUUUUGACUAUAUAUUCUUUACUUUGAUACUAGUUUCAUAAAGUUAUUAAAUGUGGCUUGAAUAUUUGUUGACCUUGUUGAAGUCAGUGCUCCCAGGGUUUGUUUGGCCUUUCUGUUCUAAAUUCUGAUUUAGGGCUCUUUUCCCCCAUUUUGUUCAUAUUGCAAAAUAUCCUGUCAUUAUCACAAUGUUCUGGUGAGAAUUAAGUGGAAGUGUUCGAAGGGGUGGCAUUACUGCCCCCGAUACAAAGAUACCAAGAUCUCUAUAUAAGGAUCAUUCUGCCACAACAAGUGUAUCACUCAAUUUAAAUAAAGCUUUUAUGGUUUUGGUCCUUAAAUACUUUGGGCCUGAUUUCAAGAAGCAACCAUCUAGUCACCAUUCCAAAUUACACCUGCAGUGCAAACCAGUCCCUGUGUGGAAACGUUAAUGUUCUGUGCCAUCGUUUUCUGCUCUCCUAAACCAUGGUAUUCACUUCGUGUGCUCUGCUGACAUGGUUAAUCCUCUCAUCAUUUUACGGGCUAAUUUUGUAAUUAUUAUUACCCCAAAACUGCAACACUUGCUACAGAGCAUAUGCCUGAUUCUGCCUUUUUUCUUUUUUUUUUUUUUUUCUUUUUUUUUUUAUCUCCAGGUUCUUCACAUUAGUGGAUUAUCAUUAAUGUGGUUAAUGCAUUAGUUUUAAGUCUUAGGAAUUACUGUUAAUGAACGGAAGGAAUCCUGUAUGAUGUGUUGGCUUUCGGUAUUGGCCUUCAGAGCAUGGUGGUGAAGGUGGGGCUCUCUGGCUUCGGAAGAAACAUCCUGCCUGUAGACAUUGCUGUUCUAAGUCUUCAUUGGAGAAUGCGCAGAGCACUGGCGUUUGCUCUGUGUUCUCUGCAUACGCGCUCUUAAAUUUAGUGAGGGGGGUUUCUAAUGGAGCUGUGUUGGGGGUUUGUUUAUUCUUUUUAAUGUAGCAGAAAAAGACUUUGGCUUUCAUGAACUGUACGUACUCGGUGACGUUAGAAAUUUAAAAUAAAUUUUCAAUUACAGUAA